GAGAUAUGGAAAUUAAAGGUUGCAAAGGAAGACAUUUUCACACCUUUCUUGCUAAGUUAUUACGAUUUGCCCUCAGAAAUAAGAUCAUGCUUAUUGUAUUGUGCAAUCUUUCCCAAAGAUUUUGAUAUUCGACCAGCUGAAUUAAUUAAGCAUUGGAUCGCACAUGGUUAUCUAAACUCUUGCGAGAAUUUAGGGACGGAAGAAGAAAAAGGUAGUGAAAAUUUCAACUACUUAGCAUGUCGUUCGUUUUUUCAAGAUUUUGAUGAAGAUAUGCAUGGUAAAUUAAUUGCAUGUGAGAUGCAUGACAUGGCAAAUGACAGUCCAAGAUAUGACAAAUGAAGAAAUUGUGGCAGUGGAGGUUGACAGCAGUGAAAAUGUGAGGCUGGAUUCAUCUUCCAAAAAGACUAGUCAUUUGAGGGUAAAGAUUGCAAAAAUGGAUCAAUUUCCUGUGCCUAUGAAAGGCAUAAAGAAACUAAGGAGCCUUGUAACUGUUGGUCAACAGUGUGAUGUAACAGGUGAAGCCUUGCAGGCCUUAUUCGAGGGAGCCAAAGGUCUAAGAGUAGUGGAUUUUACGGAGGAUUUCUCCGGUGGUGUAACAGUAAAAGAAAUUCCAAACGAGAUUGGGAAAUUAAUUCAUUUGAGAUACCUUAAUUUGUGUCACAAUAGGAAUUUAGAAGAACUGCCUGAAGGAAUGUCUGAAUUGCAAAAUUUGCAUACUUGAAUCGCUAUGGUUGUUAUAAUCUUAAGAAACUACCAGAAGGUAUAGGGAAAUUGAUCACCCGAGCUCUUCGUACUGAUUAUUGUCGGAGCCUAGAAUACUACCCAAAAG